UCCGUCCGUCCACCCGCCGCCGCCGGGCCCGGCCCAACCUGCAGCAGAACCCGGGAGAGUCAGCGCCAUGGCGGAGCAGACCUACUCCUGGGCCUAUUCCCUGGUGGAUUCCAGUCAAGUGUCUACAUUUCUGAUUUCCAUUCUACUAAUAGUCUAUGGGAGUUUCAGGUCCCUUAAUAUGGACUUUGAAAAUCAAGAUAAGGAGAAAGACAACAACAGUUCUUCUGGGUCUUUUAAUGGCAACAGCACCAAUAAUAGUAUCCAAACUAUUGACUCUACCCAGGCCUUGUUCCUUCCAAUUGGAGCAUCUGUCUCUCUUCUAGUAAUGUUCUUCUUCUUUGACUCAGUUCAAGUAGUUUUCACCAUAUGUACAGCAGUUCUUGCAACGAUAGCUUUUGCUUUUCUUCUUCUCCCAAUGUGCCAGUAUUUAACAAGACCCUGUUCACCUCAGAACAAGAUUUCCUUUGGUUGCUGUGGGCGUUUCACUGCUGCUGAGUUACUAUCAUUCUCUCUGUCUGUCAUGCUUGUCCUCAUCUGGGUUCUCACUGGCCACUGGCUCCUUAUGGAUGCUCUGGCCAUGGGCCUCUGUGUUGCCAUGAUCGCCUUCGUCCGCCUGCCGAGCCUCAAGGUCUCCUGCCUGCUUCUCUCAGGGCUUCUGAUCUAUGACGUCUUUUGGGUGUUUUUCUCAGCCUACAUCUUCAAUAGCAACGUCAUGGUGAAAGUGGCCACGCAGCCGGCUGAUAAUCCCCUUGACGUGCUAUCCCGGAAGCUCCACCUGGGGCCCAAUGUUGGGCGUGACGUUCCUCGCCUGUCUCUGCCUGGAAAACUGGUCUUCCCAAGCUCCACAGGCAGCCACUUCUCUAUGCUGGGCAUCGGGGACAUCGUGAUGCCUGGUCUCUUGCUGUGCUUUGUUCUUCGUUACGACAACUACAAAAAACAAGCCAGCGGUGACUCCUGUGGGGCCUCUGGACCCGCCAACAUCUCUGGGCGCAUGCAGAAGGUCUCCUACUUCCACUGCACCCUCAUUGGGUACUUUGUAGGUCUGCUAACUGCUACUGUGGCGUCUCGCAUUCACCGAGCAGCCCAGCCUGCCCUUCUCUACUUGGUGCCAUUUACCUUAUUGCCACUUCUCACGAUGGCCUAUUUAAAGGGUGACCUACGGCGGAUGUGGUCUGAGCCAUUCCACUCCAAGUCCAGCAGCUCCCGGUUCCUGGAAGUAUGAUGGAGCACAAAGAAAGUGCGCAGAGUGGCCAUCUUAGUCCUUUUCUCUCAGCGUGGUGGUGUUUCGUCUUUGAGCUGGCCUGGUACUCAGAGGUGUACCCGUUUAAGGAACUGACCAUGACUGGAUUUUGCGUUUUAAGGGGGCCUGUUUGAAGGAGAGGCGCUGGAGCCCCGUUUGGCGCCUUCUCUUCCCGCGGUUGCAGAGAUGGAACCCCUUCCCUACAUGACAGGCCCCUCCCCAGCGCUCCUUCCUCCCGUUUUUAUGGAUCUGCACCAGACUGUUACCUUGUGGGGGAGACAGAGAUUUGACUAUUUAAAAACUGAAAACGGCAAGGAGUCGUUCUAAAACUUACGAACACUAACAGGAUGGAAAAAAUUAGCAAACCGAGGUUUCUUCAGCGAACCGUCAAGAACUUUGGGACCAGUUUCCUCUGGGGACUCAGUUUCAGAGAACUGAGACAGAAGCCUUUCUGUCGUUAUAUUCUUCUUUCCUUUUUUUGGAUUUAUUAAAUAUUUUCUGUGGUGUGAAGUGACUUAUUAAAUCCACAGACACUGAGUGACUUCUUACAACAUACACGUAAGAAAUUGUUGUAAUGAGUUCAUGUCCACCCCAGAUGUCAUGUUGGCAGAGAACAAGGGCACGGGUUUUAUACAUACAUAUACACACACACACACAGACACAUAUAGAUAUAUAUGAAUAAGCAAAAAUUAAAACCUGCUAA